AUGGGAAGAAAAUCAACAAUAAAGCCUUCAACUGGAAUAGCAGUUGGUUUUAAUAGCGGACAUAUAGUUACUAAAAGGAGUGUCAAGAAAAGUAUAAAAAAAAGAGCAACACCAAAAAACAGAGAAUUAAUAAAUGAUGUUGUUAGAGAAAUAACUGGAUUUAGUCCAUAUGAAAAAAGAUUAAUUGAAUUGAUAAAAGUAGGAACAUCAGCUGCAACUAAAAGAAGCUUGAAAUAUGCUAAAAAAAAAUUAGGUACACAUAAAAGAGGAAAAGCAAAGAGAGAAGAAAUUCAAAAAAUUGUUAUGAUGCAAAGAAGAAAAGCCGCAACCGAUAAGCACUAA